AUGAGUUCUGAUGAAUCUGAUUUCUACGGCGACGACCAUCAGGUCGAAGAUCUGAAGCAAAAAGUCGGACAGUUCGACAUCGGCAAAUGGUGGCAAGAUUACGGCAAGCUCAACACACCCCUAAUGCUCCAUGCGAAAGGUACAACAGAGCAUGCCUCACACCUUCAUAAUCCCUACGCUGCCGAUGAAUACGCGUGGCAGCUCACUGAAACUGUUGACGCAUUCCUCACUCGACUACCGCCGGCGACGACGGAGCAGGUACCAGGCCACUCUUGGAUUUGGGUUUGUAACCCGUAUAUUAAGAGAAAGUCCAAGAGCGAGGCCCAGAAUCAGCGGGUUCGCGGGGGUGAAGAUGAAGCUCCCGAAGACGAAGGUGCUGAUCUCGCAACGCUAAUGCAAGCCGGGGAAGAACGGCUACAUUUUGCCUCGUCGUUCAUCCACGAAUCUAGGAAGCCCGGCAUAUCGAAAGCUCUCAUCACGCGGGAAACAAAAAAAGCGGGUAUGGAUGCUGCCAAGGAUAUCCUCGAAUUAGCAAAGGGCCUUCGAGUGACAUGCGGCAAGUGGAUGGUCUUCUGCACCAUCUUCGAAAUCGACAAGGUCUGGGAGUCCGUCGCCAAAGCCACGGCAAAUAACGAGCUAGGUAUUGCUGCGAAGGUAGCUACCAAGUCUCGUCUUGACCAAAGAACAGAGCGCCUUAUUUGUGUUUAUACGGCAGACUUCUCAGACACAGGCGACGUUACAAGAGUAGCCAGGAAACUGAAGCAGCUUGGUAUCAUCAAAGGCAAGCCACUCUACUACAAGCCUGGUCAGUCCGCCUAG